AUGUCCGACACAGAAGUUCCCACUGAGUCGGCUGCUACUUCAGCCGCGCAAGAUGAUGAACCGGAAACUUUUGAGCGCAGAACCAAGAGCACCACCUUUUUCCAUGGUAUCAACCUCCGAACACAGCCGGUUCUAACCAAGCGAGGCAGGAAAACUGGCAAAAUUGUAUCGCGGGUUUUCGUCAUCUUAGAAGGAUACCUCUUUUACUUUCAACAUCCAGCCGCCACGGCACCGUGUGGGGUCCUCGCACUGCAAAAUGCUGAAUAUUUUGUGCAUUCCUAUGCAUCAUCAGCAUUGCUAGGGAACUUUUGCAUUGAGCUACGAUCUCCUUUGCGAGCAUGGGGUACUUUAAUCCUCCAUUUCCAUGGGUACACGCCAAUGGCAGUCCAUGAAAUCAAGCAAAUGAUGAACGCUGCAGGAGCACAUCCCCGUCGUAACCAGUUUGACAAGAAUGGUAUUGAGAUUGAAAAUAGUCGUCGCAGUACCAAACAACGGAGGCCUUCGCGGUUGAUCACAUUGUCUGGCAUUUCUAGUUUCAUUCCACAAUGGGCUCGUCGGAAUGGAAGCAAGCGCAUCAGUAUCCAUGAUCGCGGCGAAGAAGACAGUGUGGUGAUGCUGGAAACCGAGACAGAGUUUGAUCCUGACGAAGAUGCAAACACCGCCACUAGUGCUGAUAGUAACACUGUUGUCUGUCGCGUCAUAAAGGGAACACGAACGAGUCUUCUCAAAGUGAACUUACGGAGCACCAGCACAGCAAAUGAGUCAACAGAUUGUAGUAGAAGCCUUAAGCGUCCCACCAGUCCUCAGGUUCUUCAGCUCUAUCAAAACACCCGACUAUCGUUUACACAACGGGGACAACCACGUCGACACCUCAGUUUAGAUGAACAAGAAGAACUCGUUGCUGAGCAAGACAUCAGUCCAGAGCAUUGCCAUGAACUGUGUGUAAACGGCUUUGUGGAGAAUGCUGGUCGGAGCCUCUUUCACUUUAUCUGGCCUUGGGAAGGACUCCAGCAGCUUCGCCCUACCCGUGGUGGACAGAGCGACGCGGCACUACGUUUGUCGGUAGUGGUGCCAAGCGCGAACCAGAUGGCUCCAGGUCCACGUAUUCGCUUCGUAUCUGCUUUUGAGCCACCCCGACAAUUCGAUCCCGCCACCAUGGCCAUGAUGCGACAAUGGGCUUCACCACAGCAGCAGCAACAUCAAAGACUGGUGAUUUGUGCGGCCGAAGUCCAGUCUCAUCAGCGACAACACUAUACGAAGAAACAGCAUCAACGUUGCCAGUCUCCAGCUAGCAUUGACUCUACUUCAAAACAGUGA